AUGGAGCGCCCCGGAGCCGGAGGAAUAAAUUCCAGUGAGUGUGAAAAUGUAUCAAGAGAAAAAGAAACGUCAGAAGAAUUUGAAGCUAAUGCUAUGGAUUCUCUGAUAGACAUGCCAUUUGCCACUAUAGAUAUUAAAGACUGUGGAAUCACUGAUGUACCUCACACAAAUUUGGAGAGAAGUAAAGAAAAUGAACGGAUCAGUAAAGAUCAAAUAAAGAAGAGGAAAAAAAAGCAAAAAGAUUAUCAACCCAACUAUUUCCUAUCCAUUCCAAUCACCAACAAAGAGAUUACAAGAGGAAUUAAGAUCCUGCAAAAUGCAAUAAUACAACAAGAUAAGCAACUAGCCAAAGCAAUGACCAGUGAUGGCUCCUUUCAUAUUACCCUGCUAGUGAUGCAGCUAUUAAGUGAAGAUGAAGUAAACAUUGGUAUUGGUGCUCUUUUGGAAUUAAAACCAUUCAUAGAAGAAAUCCUCCAAGGAAAACAGUUGAUUUUGCCCUUUCAAGGGAUUGACACUUUUGGAAAUCAGGUUGGAUUUGUGAAGCUGGCAGAAGGAGAUCAUGUAAACUCACUUUUGGAGAUAGCAGAGGCUGCAAAAAGGACAUUUCAAGAAAAGGGCAUUUUGGCAGGAGAAAACAGGAGUUUUAAGCCUCACUUGACUUUUAUGAAAUUGUCCAAAGCACCAUGGCUCCGGAAGAAGGGAGUGAAAAAAAUAGACCCCAAAUUCUAUGAAAAAUUUAUCAGUCACAGAUUUGGAGAAGAAAUGGUACAUCGCAUAGAUCUUUGCUCCAUGCUAAAGAAAAAACAAAGUAAUGGUUAUUAUCACUGUGAGUCUUCAGUUGUGAUUGGCAAGCAACCUAUUGGACUCCGGGACUUAAUUAAUGAAGCUUUGCGUCGAGAAAGGAUGAGUCUGAAGUCCAAAGUGAAACAGAUAAAGGAACUUUUGUUAAAGCCUGAGACCCAGGCCAGGAUUAGGAGGGAGCUUUUUGAAGGAAGAUCUGUUAACAACAGUAAUCAAGGAAACCAGGUUGAUUUCAGUACAACUUUGACAUAAGGUCUACAUUACUACCAUGGUACCCUACUCAA